AUGGCGCCCUCAAAGGACGGAGAAGGGUUCCCGUCCAACAUCAACGGAGAAGAAUACAACGAGUUAGGCUGGCUCCUGCAAAACGCCCGUGGGUAUCGGAUAAACGAAGAGCCAUACGACACCCAUCGAAAACUCAGAGUGAUACACAUCGGUGCGGGAGCCUCUGGAAUCGUGUUCUCCAAGUUCGCCGAGGAGCGGUUACAGAAUGUCGAUGUCCAGAUAUAUGAGAAGAACUCGGAUGUGGGUGGGACUUGGUUGGAGAACAGAUAUCCCGGUUGUGCAUGCGACAUCCCAUCAGCGUCAUAUCAAUUUACGUGGGCGCGCAACCCGAAUUGGUCGCAGUACUACUCCGAAUCUCCCGAGAUAUGGCAAUAUUUCAAAGACGUCACUGUUAACCACGGCUUGAUGAAGUAUAUCAAGUUGCAGCACAAGAUCGUGAGCGCGACGUGGAACAACGAGCAGGGAGUAUGGGAAGUUCGCGUCCAGUCUCCCGAUGGCUCCGAGUUCACGGAUACAUGUCAUGUCCUCAUCAAUGGUGGAGGCGUAUUGAACAACUGGAAAUGGCCAGACAUCGAAGGACUUCAUUCCUUCAAAGGGCGACUCGUCCACAGCGCCAAUUACGACACGACGAUCGAUUUGAAUGGAAAGCGAGUCGCCGUUAUCGGGAUUGGAAGCAGUGGCAUUCAGAUCACCUCAAACAUCGCCUCGCGAGUCAAGCAACUAUACACCUGGGUGAAGACGCCCACCUGGAUCACCGCUGGAUUCGCCCAGAAAUUCGCGGGACCGAAUGGUGGCAAUUUCCAUUAUACCGACGAGCAGAAGAAACGAUUCGCUGAGAAGCCAGAGUUGUUCUUGAGAUACUCGAAAAUGAUCGAGUCUGAGCUCAAUGUUCGCUUUAAGUUUAUUUUGAAUGGGACCCCCGAAGCUGAGGGCGCGAAAGAAUUUGCAAGAAAUGAGAUGACCCAGAAACUUGGGACCAGUGACAAAGAGCUACUGGAUGCGCUGAUACCGAAGAAUUUUGGCGUGGGUUGCAGGAGACCGACGGUAAGUUCACCAGUCUAUUGCAAUCUGUGGUCGCUCUUCUCGGUAACACAGCUGACGGAAAGAAAUGAUCAGCCAGGAAACGGGUUCUUAGAAGCACUGUCUCAGGACAACGUCAAAGUAUUUACGAAGCAGAUGAAGUGGAUCACGCCUGCCGGAUUCAUCGAUAGUGAUGGUGACGAACACGAGGUCGAUGUCAUUAUUUGCGCCACUGGCUUCAAUACGAGUUGGAUCCCUCGAUUCCCAGUUGAAGCCAAUGGGCACUCCAUCGCAGAAAUGUGGGCGAAAGAACCGUCGUCGUACAUCUCAAUCGGAGUUCCUCACAGUAAGCUUUGUCCCCGAGAUCUUGACAGAAUGAUACUGAUCAAAGACAUUUUAGUGCCCAACUAUUGGAUGAUGGCUGGACCAUACGGACCUCUCGGACACGGCUCGUUCCUCCCCAUCCUCGAGACCUUGGCGGGCAACAUAAUCCAAUGCAUCGAGAAGCUGCAGAAAGACCGGAUCAAGAGCCUCACGCCGAAGACGAAAGUGGCCGAGCAACUGACAGAGCACGCGCAACUCUUCCUACAGCGCACGGCAUGGACGUCAGGCUGCAGCAGUUGGUUCAAGCAGGGACGAGUCGACGGUCCAUUGCCCAUGUUCCCUGGCUCGCGGUUGAUCUACAUGGAUCUGUUGAAGAACCCGAGGUUCGAGGACUAUGAGAUUGAGUAUUGCAAUUCGUAUAACAUGUUUGACUUCUUGGGUAAUGGAUUUUCGGUAAGAGAGUUCGAUGGAAGAGAUUUAUCUUAUUACUUGGGUUUGCUCGACAAUGAGGAUCGGCAAAUCGAUCUGGAGGCGAAUCUGCAUGAGGAGCUGUCCGACUUGGUACAUUGA